AUGAGAGCAGUUCUGCCAGGCAAGCCACAGGCCAGGCUGCAAGCUAUUUGCACCGGGUAUUGGGAUGGUAGACAAUUCGCUGCAUAUAUUACUGGAAAUGCAUUCGUUGUCCUCGAACCUCCGACAACCCUUCUCCAAACGUUGUAUGAUGAAGACCCAUCAUUUCUAAUAGCUAUCGCCUUUGAUGAAGCUACCGGCAAGAUAGCAACAUGUACCGAGCGUAGUGUUCGUAUUUACCAGCCGUAUGGCCAAAACGAAGAGGCCUUGAAAUGGUCACUUCAAAUCUCCAUUCCUGUCGACGAUCUAGACCAACCGGUGACUACACUCUCUUGGGGUGGCAUUGGCGAACUUCUUGUGGGGAGGUUGUCUCUCUCGUUAUACUCGACCGAAAAUGGCCUCGUGAAGCUUUGGUCCAAGGCAGUUGCGAACCCAACAAAAUUUGCCUGUCUUUCUUACGACUCGGGGUACAUUGCUUCAACGGGAGCUCACGAUCGAUUGGUGAAGCUUUGGAGAAGGUUGUCGUUUGGCUCCGAUGAUGUACGAUUCGACUUGACAUACCUUCCGCACCCUCAGAUGUUGACCGACGUACGCUGGCGACGUCCCUACCAUCUUGACCAGACUGUUGACAACAUCUUAUACACUGUGUCCGCCGACAAGGUCCUCCGCAUAUGGGCUGCCACAGACACCCAUGGGCUACGGAUAUUUCAGUUAUGGGGCCAAAUAGACCUCGAGCAGUCUAUCCAGCCUCGUUCACUGGAGUCCAGUAAAACCAUGAAAUCCCGCUAUAUCAGUUUUAUCGAUGGCCGGGAUUUUAGGAAGUCAGUAGAAUACUCUGUCCAGACAGCCAACAAUCCGGGGCCCACCCCCAAUCAUGAAGUUGAACACCUGGUUGAGGUUGCCAAUAGGUCUUCCGAGAUCUGUAUCAUAUUCGAUGAACAGGGGAACAUGUCAGCGUGGGGAUUAGAGAAUAUAGGCGGCAAGGCUCGAAAGCCAACGGAUAUUUUCAACAUUGCACACGUUGCGGGACUGGAACCGAUGCUACCAACGCUUGAGUCUGGAGAUUACUCCUAUAUCCAAUUGUAUACAUACUGCAGUAGGACAGAUGGCAUGCUCAACACCAUCUGGCAUAACUUUGAUGGAACUAUCCAGCAUUUUAACCGCAGCUUAGCCAACUUAUUUGACAAACAACUGCGGCCUAGCAGCACAACUCCCAGAGCUAUCUGGACGGGUCAUUCACGGCCACUGAAAAAGAUGGUUCGAAAUAUAUGCGGCCGAGCUGUCGUUUCGCGAACUGAUGGAAAUGAAGCUAUCGUCUGGAGACAUGAAGACGACGAAAAUGGGGUACCACUAACAGCCCAAAGUCUGAUCGAUGUAUCAGAACACAUACAUCGGAUCUGUGUGCUACGCCGAGGAGCAUUUGUUAUCCUUCUCCAUCACUCGACGAUUUCGCUCUGGGACUGUCGACAACAUCGUGGCCAACGGUUGGCAUCGUUACCAUAUGUUAUUUCCGGAAGGCCGCUCUGUGUGCUAGUCUUGCCCGAAGCCGGGAGACGCGGUGACACUGCUCAUAUUGCCACUGUUAGCUCGGAGAUGAAAGGUAUCGUCUGGGAGCUACGCUUACUGCCCCGGACAAACCAGGGCCGCGAGACCAAUGGUGAUGGGUCGGCAUUCAUCAGAGAAUUCUGUACGUUUGACUUGGGUGAUGCUAAUGAUCUGGCUUAUGUAUUACCUGUCGAUCCUGCAGGGUCGCCACCGGUCACAUCGGGAUUCCUGGACACGUUCGCGCGGGAUGUGGCCGUAUCUUAUACUCACUCCGGGUUCAUACGAUCCUGGACGGCCAAAGUAAACCUCAAAGAUCAGAGUGUAGACUGGCUUCUUACCUGCUCCGUAGAGACAGGGAUUCAUGAACCUUCCUUAGCUAGCGGAAGCUCGAUCAGAAAGGCUGCGUUGGUAAAUUCUGACCGAUCGGAAUUGACGAUAUGGGAUGUACGAGGGGCUCAGCUUGAAUAUUCGCAGUCAUUCGGAUCCUCGGACGGCAUUCAAGACCUCGACUGGACCUCAACUCCAGAUGUUCAGUCCAUUUUGGCUGUUGGCUUCCAGCAUCGCGUUCUUCUGCUAUCCCAAUUGCGAUAUGAUUACCUCAAUGAAGGUCCAGCUUGGACUGCCAUCCGGGAAAUCAAUAUUCGAGAUCUGACUCCUCAUCCUAUUGGAGACUCGACGUGGCUAGGCAGAGGCAGUUUACUCAUUGGUGCUGGAAAUCAGCUUUUUGUUUACGAUAAAAUGUUCAAUGUUCCUGCUUCCAUCGCUGCAAACCUUCAACUUCCUUUACGGAAGGAAGGCCAGUGGGAUCUUUUCGACGCCGUGACGCGACUUAAUGGGCCACUGCCGGUAUUCCAUCCACAGUUCCUUGGCCAGUGUAUUCUCGCUGGCAAGUUGACUAUGGUUCAGCGCAUACUUCUUACGCUAUACCAAACUCUAAAAUCCCACUUAGAAGGGGAACACAUUGAUAAUCUUUUAGGCCUUGACCUUGAAGACUUCUACACCCACCCCCAAAGAAUUAAAACUUCGAAAAAUGAGCCCGGAUCAGCGUUUACGGAUUUUUUUCAAACAGAAGACACGGAGACUUUGACGGAGAACAUUGCCCUGGCGCUGAACGAAAAACUCACGACGGUGGCAAUUCCCCAGUUGUCAGGGCAACUGCAGAUGCAGCUUGCAGAUACCGUCGAGUGUGUCGCUAUAGUUGAGAAGCAGCGUCGUUCUAUGGAUGACAACGCCGCAAGGUUCAUGCUUUUCUUCCGUCAGCACGCCCUUUAUAAAGGUCGUGCGAAUGAAGUACAACUGUCGUGGAGAGAAAUUAACUGGGCUUUCCACAGCAACAGCCAGGACAUAUUGACUGAUGUUGUUACCCGACAAUUUCAUGGCCGUGUGCUUUGGGAGCAUGCGCGAGAGAGUGGCUUAUUUAUGUGGAUUACUGAUUCCACGGCGCUGAAGGAACAAUUCGAGAUGAUCGCGCGCAAUGAAUACACAAAGUCGGAUGAGAAAAACCCCAUUGAUUGCAGCUUAUUCUAUAUCGCGCUGAAGAAAAAGGCUGUCCUUCAAGGCCUUUGGCGAAUGGCUGGCUGGAAUCGUGAACAGGCGGCCACCCUGAAACUUCUCUCAAAUAACUUCCAGGAGGAAAAAUGGAAAACAGUUGCGUUGAAGAACGCUUAUGCCUUGCUUGGGAAGCAUCGUUGUAUGUAUGCUGCGGCAUUCUUUUUAUUGGCAGACUGCCUCAAGGACGCGGUAAAUGUAUGCCUCAACCAACUGAAAGACAUUCAAUUAGCAGUCGCCAUCACCCGGGUUUUUGAAGGCGACAAUGGUCCUGUAUUAAGGGAGCUCUUGGAAGAAAAGGUUCUUCCUUUGGCAGCCCAAGAAGGUAACCGUUGGCUGGCAUCGUGGGCAUUCUGGAUGCUCCGUAGGAGAGACAUGGCAGUGCGAGCACUUGUGGCUCCUGUAUACACAUUAAUCGAGACACCCCAAUCCCUAGACAUGCAGUCGAAAUUAUAUCUUACAGACGACCCUGCGUUGAUUAUCCUCUAUUCGCAGCUUCGCCAAAUGACGUUGCAGACACUACGAGGCGCUUCACGAGUCACCCCGAAGGUUGAAUGGGCAUUCGUUCUGCACAGCGCUAGGCUUUACGACCGCAUGGGUUGCGAUAUCCUUGCUCUUGACCUUGUCCGCAAUUGGGAGUUCCUUCUAUCAGACUUCCCCCUUCAUUCCUUCAGUGACGACAUUAAUCCGCGAACUGCACAAUUUCGGCGUAGAGAUUCUCUAAUUAUUGCAGAUCUUCCGCCAUCUAAUAAUUUAAUAGCAAAGGGCUCGUCCAGUGCGUUCGUAGAGCCCGAAGCAAAUUCACUGCUUGACAGUUUUGGAUUUUAA